GUUGACCUUCAAAUGAAUGUCACUUUCAGCAAAGGGAUUAAUAAAAAUGUUGGAUUUGUCCUCUAUGAUAACGAUCAGUUCUUCCAGUCAAAAAGCUUUGAACCUUCUCUGGAUACCAAAAGAAGAGUGAUAUCUGCUAAUCUUGAAGAAAAUCCUGAAAUUGUUCACUUUACAAUCACACCAUCAGCUGAUUCCACAAUGUCUCUCAACGACUUUGCAUGUGUGUUUUGGAGUUACUCUAAAAAUGACUGGAUCACAGAUGGUUGCACCAAAACUGUGAGCUCCUCAGGAAGUGCAGGUUGCAGCUGUAAAAUUCAGCAAAAAGCAAACUUUGCUAUUCUGAUGGCAUUUGAUAUCAACUAUAACUAUUCUGAAGCUUUGCAUUGGAUCAGCAUCAUUGGCUGUGCUCUGUCUGUUUUGGGACUGUGUGCCACAGCAUUGUACCAAAUCAUAACCAGGAAGUCAAGAGGAGGCAGUCCUACUCUGCUAGUGGUGAACAUCUGCUUAAGCAUGACAGUUUUCUACCUUCUCUUCAUCUUCGGCAUAAACAACCCCGUUCAACAUGUGAAUGUAGCAAGGGUGUCUGGGGAGAAUAUAGUUCCUGAGUCUGACCACCACAAGUACCCAGAUGAGGGACCCUGUACGGCAUUUACAGCUCUGCUUCAGUAUUUCCUGUUGGCUACGUUCACUUGGAACACUCUGUACGGCAUUAAUGUGUACAUGCUCUUCCACGGCUCAGUAUCUGGAACACCUCGAUGGUUUCCAAAAGUCUCCAUGGCUGUUGGAUGGGGUUUGCCUGCUGUUAUUGUCGGUAUCUCAUUGGGUUCCACUUACCGUGUGGAUGAGCCUUUGGGUUAUCGACAAGAAGAGUUUUGCUGGCUGGCUUCAGUGGACCACAAACAAACAUUCAGUAUAAAGAAACCCAUGUUUUGGGGAUUCAUACUCCCUUUACUGAUCAUGCUGAUCUCAAGCACAGCAAUACUGCUGCACUUCUCGCACAACAUUUGCAAGACCAACCCAAACUUAAACACAUCACGUAAAACUCCUUUGAAGAAGAAGAUUUUGAGUAGUUUAUCUCUGGCGGUGAUGCUCGGCUUGUCUUGGGUCAUAGGCUACAUUUUGCUCAUCACCCACGAAAAAACUCUCAAAUUAAUUCUCAGUGUUGUUUUCUGUCUCCUAAACACAACACAGGGUGUUCAGAUAUUCAUUUUAUUCGCUCUGAGGCCUUUUUUAAACUCAAAUCCAGCUGUUCUCAACUCUGUGCAUGCACCAGAAAUAGGCCUCCACAAGAAAUCAUUUUAUUUAUGGAAAAAUAAGAAGCAAGAAAGCAAAGAAAGCUACAUAUCCACAGAUCACUGACAAGGCAAGGUGGUGUAGAUCAUUGGUGAGAGUGUGGGCUUCACCUCAGCAGUGAUGAAGACAAGGAGGAAUAUCAGCUUGAGUCAGAUCAUUUAAGAAAGCUCUUGAUGUUUGUACAACUGUAUCCAGAUUCAGUGCUGAGUUGGCAGCUCAAUUUUAUAUUCUAUGCCCAUGCUAUUAAAAUCCUCUUGGGCUUUGUUCACACUGCACACAAA